UACUCCAGGAACUAGAAACACUUCAGAAUGUAUUUUUUCUGACUGCUUAAAAUGAUUUAAGUACUAAGAUACUUGUUACAGAGAUAAUCACAAGUGUUAAAAACUUUGUUGCAACCUAACCCUUCAAAUUUGGACUUCAAUAUUUAUCUUUUUUUAGGACUUCUGUUCUCCAGGAUUCAGAAUGAACACCCUUUUCUUGCUUCUGUUAGUUCUUCUUUUCAGUAAGGACUUUUCAGGAGUAGAUGGGAAGAAAUGGAAAGGUGAAGGUACAACACCUAACUUGGACAGCAUUAUAAUUGGAAGGUGUUAUGAAUACAUUAGAACUGUGAAUCCUGCUGUUGGUGAGAAGAACUGUUCUGAGCUGCUGGAAGCAUUUAAGAAGGCUUUUAUGAACAAGGAUCCUUGCAACAUUUUACCAUCAGACUAUGAAUUAUUUAUUAACCUGUCACAACACUCAAUUCCACCUAACAAGUCUCUAUUCUGGGAAAACAACCAAUUUCUAGUCAGUAGCUAUGCAGCUAGAACUCGUCGAUACAUGCCCUUGGGUGAUACUCUAAUUGGGGCUUUUGGAGAUCUGCUGAACUGGUGUGGACAAGCAAACAACACUGAAGUAGAUGACUCCUGCCCAACCACAGAAGAAUGUGAAAAUAACGCAGUAGAAUCUUUCUGGCGGAUUGCAUCAAUCAAUUAUGCAAAGCAGAGUUCUGGAAUAAUACAUGUCAUGCUGAAUGGUUCUGCAGCAGGAGGAGCCUAUCCAGUUAAAGGUUUUUUUGCAGACUUUGAAAUUCCUAAUCUCCAGAAAGAAAGAAUCUCACAGAUUGAAAUAUGGGUUAUGGAUGAUAUUGGAGGACCAGAUUUGGAUUCUUGUGGAAAAGGCAGUGUAAAAAUAUUAGAAGCCCGACUGAAAGAGAUGGGUUAUGACAUCACUUGCAUUGACAAUUAUAAAUCUGUAUUGUUCUUACUCUGCCUGGAUCAUCCUGAUCACCCCAGUUGUCCUGUUGUAUCAAAUAAGGAUUGCCUAAAAAUAUGGGAGACAUUACAAGAUGCAUUUAUGUACAAGAACCCAUGUAAUAUUACAACAGAUGACUAUCAGCCUUUAAUGGAUUUAGCAAGACAUCCUGUACCAUGCAACAAGUCACUGUUUUGGAGCAAGACAAAUGAACUGGUUCACCGUUACACAAAAGUUGACCACAAUUUCCUUACACUGGAGGACACCUUGUUGGGUUACAUAGCUGACCAGGUGUCAUGGUGUGGUGAUCCAGCCAGUCCAGGCAUUAACUAUGAAUCUUGUCCAAAGUGGACCGAAUGUGAGAGCAACCCCAGCACUGUAUACUGGAAAAUGGCAUCCAAAAUGUUUGCAGAAGAAGCGUGUGGUGUGGUUCAAGUGAUGCUCAAUGGAUCAAUAGAUGCUGGAGCAUUCAGAAGCAGCAGCAUAUUUGGAAGUGUUGAGAUCUUCAACCUAGACCCAAAUAAAGUUUCUACGAUACAGAUCUGGCUUAUGCACAACAUUGGAGGUCCUAAAAGGGACUCUUGUACAGGUUACUCCAUAACAAGGUUAAAAAGCAUCCUAGAAGAACGAAACUUCAUUGUCUCCUGUGAAGACAAUUAUAGGCCAGUUUGGCUUUUUCAGUGUGCGAGUGAGCCGGGCCACGAAGACUGCAGACUUUGCUUCUGUGGUGUACAGUGAAAUGCACAGUACUCUACACUAAGUCAUUCAUCAACUGUGUAUAAUAACACUCAAAAAGAAUAUGUGGAUAAUUUGUAGAGUAAUAAAUAGA